CACUGUUUAUGAUCAUUCAGUAACUUGACCUAUUAUAUAGUAUACCAGAGUAAAAUGGUUAUUUUUCAUUGGUUACAAUCAAAUAUAUAGUUUCUUAUUUCAUCAUAAUUUAUUACCAAAACAUAAAGUCAACACUUUCUUAUCACUUUCUUGAUCAACACUAUCAAACGAGACCUUAGUUUCAGAACCACACAGUGUCCACACCACAUUGAGCUCGUUAAUUGUUUUCCUCAUAUGACUGCUUGUCUUCUAACACCGACGACGACACUAUCUCUCUUCAGCCACCUUAAGUUGCUACUUCCGCAGUCCUCUCAGAACCCUAGAUUUUGGUGUCUACUCCGACCGGCGACUGAGAGAGAGAAAGAGAUAGACAUGUCAAUGGAGAAUCCUCCAGCGAAAGAAGUUGAAUCUUUAUCGCUGACCGCGAGUGAUGGUUUGAAUCCGUCGAAUUCUACCACAGAGAUGAGCGUUGAAGAAAAAUUUAGGAUUGUGAGGAGCAUUGGUGAAGAAUGUAUCCAGGAGGAAGAACUCCUGAAUCUUCUUACCAAAAAGCCCCAACCAAUCUGCUAUGAUGGGUUUGAACCCUCUGGAAGAAUGCAUAUUGCUCAGGGUGUUAUGAAGACAAUUAAUGUUAAUAAACUCACUUCUGCUGGUUGCAAAGUAAAGAUUUGGAUAGCCGAUUGGUUUGCUCAAUUAAACAACAAAAUGGGUGGAGAUUUAAACAAAAUCCAAACAGUUGGACACUACUUAAUUGAGAUCUGGAAAGCUGCAGGAAUGAAUUUAGAAGAUGGUAAAGUCGAGUUUAUUUGGUCUUCUGAAGAAAUUAAUUCAAGAGCAUAUGAAUACUGGCCAAUAGUCAUGGACAUUGCUAGAAGAAACAAACUUCCUAGAAUAAUGAGGUGUUGUCAGAUUAUGGGUCGAAGUGAGCAGGAUGAAUUGACUGCAGCCCAAAUCUUCUACCCAUGCAUGCAAUGCGCCGAUAUAUUUUUCCUCAAGGCUGAUAUCUGUCAACUAGGCAUGGAUCAACGAAAAGUGAAUGUUCUUGCUAGGGAGUAUUGUGAUGACAUCAAAAGAAAAAACAAGCCAAUCAUUUUAUCUCAUCAUAUGCUUCCUGGUUUGUUACAAGGUCAAGAAAAGAUGUCAAAAUCUGAUUCUUCUUCUGCUAUUUUUAUGGAGGAUGAAGAGGCUGAGGUUAAUUUAAAGAUAAAAAAAGCAUAUUGUCCACCCAAUAUUGUUGAUGGGAAUCCAUGUCUUGAGUACAUUAAAUACAUUGUAUUCCCUUGGUUUAAUGAGUUCAAGGUUGAAAGGAAAGAGGAAAACGGAGGUGAAAAGGUUUAUACCAGUUAUGAAGAAUUAAUUGCUGCUUAUGAAAAAGGGGAGUUGCAUCCUGCUGAUUUGAAACCUGCACUAUCCAAAUCUUUGAAUAGGAUCUUGCAGCCUGUGCGUGACCAUUUCAAGAAUGAUGAGAAGGCCAAGGCUCUAUUGAAGAGGGUUAAGGCUUUCAAAGUUACAAGAUGAUGGAAGUAUUAUAGUCGAUGGGAAGAUGGGAGUUAAAUGAAUUUAGAUUGAUUGAUCGAAUUUUCUUGCACAUAUUUAUGCAAUUUUAUAUUAUAUUUCGCAUGAACUACUACUUAAUUACUUUUUGGAAUAAUGAACACAGUUGGGUUUUAAUUAUGUGGGAGGAAUAGCAGUAUCCUUCGCGAUUUCUUAAGAAA